UUGGUAUAAAUAAUCCCGAGUUCAACCACAAAGGGUACAGUCACAAUUGUUUAGUGCUCAAGUGAUCCUCUCCAUCAAAAGGAACAAAUUUAAACAAAAAUUCUCUAAAUACAAACAAAUCAACAUGAAGUUCUUUAUUUUCCUUCUCAUCGCCAUGUUUGCGCUUGUCAGUGCCGCUCCUCAGGGACCAAACGAACCCAUCCCAAUUAUACGACAAGAGCAGGAAGUCAAUUUCGACGGAUCCUACAAGUACGCUUACGAGACCGGCAAUGGAAUAACAGCUGAGGAGACAGGGUUUUUGAAAAAUGCUGGCAAUCCAGAUACCGAAGCACAAGUUGCUCAAGGUCAAUACUCAUACACAGCUCCAGAUGGACAAUUGAUUCGUGUGGUUUACACCGCCGAUGAGAAUGGCUUCCAAGCUCAAGGAGAUCAUUUGCCAACACCGCCACCAAUCCCACCAGCAAUCCAGAGGGCUUUGGAAUAUUUGGCCACCGCACCACCUCAACCAGAACAAGGAAGCAACACUAUUAGGAGGGGAUAAAUAACUAAAUAAAUUAAUCUUUAUUUUGUUGUAAAUUAAUUAACAUUGUUCCCGCAUCCGGACCUACAAACAAAAAUUUAUUAAAUUUGUGAUUUUCUUCAUAUUCAUAAACACAAAAACAUACACAUAUACGACCCCAAAACACAACACAUGAACAUACAUACAUAUAUCCACACUUUAUUGUUGGCUAAAUUGUUGAAUUUUGUAAAUAUUAUUAUUUUUUUGUCAACUUUUUGUAAAUGCCAGUGAAAGAUAAAACAUUCGCUAAACAAACGAAUACUCAUUAAAUUAGUUCUUAAGUUGAUUUGAAAGACGAAAUAAAUAAAUUGAAAUUUUAUACAAAAAUAAAA